CAAACGACACGUCUUCCCGAAAAGUUAAUUACGGCGUCGUAUCCAUUUUAACUUUGCAAUAAUUCCUUCUCUUUCAGGAAACCCUAAAUCAAUCAAAAAUCGGUGAUGAUGCUGAUCAAACCAGACCCCAAUUCUUCCGCCGCCGUGCCGGCGCCGACGGUGUGCGGCAACUGCCGCGUGGAGGAGCGGCUGCUUCUCCUCCACCACGUCCGCCACCGCAGCGUCUUCCUCCGCCUCUGCACAACCUGCGUCCUCCGCCUCCACUCACACAACUUCUGCCCCACCUGCUUCCAAGUCUACCCCCCUCCGCCGCCCUCCAACGACGGCGUUCGCAACUGCUCCAAAUGCUACUCCGUCACCCACCCCCACUGCGCCGAUUCCGCCGGCGGCGGCGGCCCCACAUUCCCCCCCGCCUCCUACGUCUGCCCCCUCUGCCUCCACCCCGACAAGCCCGUAUUCAAAUUGAAAUCAGCAAAAGAGGCAAAUGUAGACAUCGGCGGCGGCGAUGAUUGCACUGCGAUGAUGAUGGACAGAGAUUCCGCGAAGAAAUUUAUGGCCGCCGCAAAAAUCGCGUCCGCAUCCAUGAACAGCGCGGCGGCGGCGGCGAAGGGAGAGGCGGAGAGACGGGCUAAGGAGGCGGCAGUGGCGAAGAGAAGGGCUAAAGAAUCGUUGGAACACGUCGCUCGUUUGGUGGUGAAGGAGAAGUUGCAGAAGAAAGACGACGUUUUGGCGCCACCUGGCAAUCCAACGGGCCCCACUCCAGGCGGCAUCGGUGUGAAAAUGGAGAGAGAAUAUAAUAAUAAGAGUUUAACUGUAGCUGUGGAUGAGAAGAUCGAUAAUGGAGCGGAUAAUUCGAAUCAGGUAUUGGAGGCACUGAAUGCAGUUGAGUUGAGAGAAAAUGAAGAAAUCGCGAAUGGAGAAAACGUUGGGGAUUUGGAUGAAGAGAGGAAUAAUGAUAGUGGUAGCGAUCAAUUGAAUUUUGUCGAUAUCGAGAGUGGUGAUUUAAAUAUCCAGGAGGAGAAGUUGGAGGAUGCGAAGAACGAGAUUGAGUAUACGCGCAAGGAUAAUGGAGUAGAAUCGAAUGGUAAUAAUGCCGCUUUAUAGUUGAUAGAUUUUUUACUUUAUAUAACAAUUUUCGAGAUUCGAUUUAUUUGUCGUGAUAUGUUUGUUCCCGCCUUUUCGUGUUUUUGUUCAAAUGCUUGGUGUUUGUUGGAGUUAAACAUGAUACUGUUGUGGUUAGUAAGUGAUAAAACAUGUGAAUUGUCUGUAGGAGUCCGAUCAUGUGAUUUUCUUGAUUCCUUUUAUCGGUGUAGACUAAAUUGUUCUGUAAAGAUUAUUAUAUGUCUGCUGUAAGAGAUGGUAUUUCGUGGCA